UUAAAACUAAAGAAAAAAAUCCGAUAUACCAUGCAUAAGCAAACACCCGCCAAAACCCCAGACAAAGUCAACCAAACUCCUCCCCUGCAUGCUUCAAAUUUUGACCAAAAUCAACAUCAUUUUUUCUCCUUUAUUUUGGCUCCAAAUGAACGGAACGCACCGAUUCAAACGAGUUGCUUCAAAACCCAACAAAUCAAUUCAACCGAACCAAUCCGGUAAUGAUCUGGAAAGGCGGGCGAGUCAGCGUUCCAAAUCAGCGACCCUUCUUUCCAAACACAAACCCAAACCCAGCCAAAAGCAAACUCAGCCUCAACCCAAACUCAAAAUCGAAUCUUCUCCAAUUUCUGACCCUUCUUUUCCCAAAUUGACGAUUUUGUCCCCCGAGUUCUUUCAAAUUGACGCUCUUGAUUUGGCGCCUCGUUUGCUUGGCAAGUUUUUAAGGAGAGAUGAUGUGGUUCUUCGGAUUACUGAGGUAGAGGCUUAUAGACCAAAUGAUUCAGCUUGUCAUGGUAGGUUUGGAAUCACAGCAAGAACAGCCCCUGUUUUUGGUCCUGGAGGGCAUGCGUAUGUUUAUCUUUGCUAUGGACUUCAUACAAUGCUCAAUGUUGUUGCUGACAAGGAAGGAGUUGGGGCUGCAGUGUUAAUACGUGCUUGUGCACCAGUGUGUGGUUUGGUGACCAUUCAGCAGCGUCGAGGUCAGCAAACUGACAAGCCUAUUCUUCUUACUGGGCCUGGAAAGGUUGGUCAGGCACUUGGAAUUUCGACAGAAUGGUCCAACCAUCCCCUUUACACUCCUGGUGGUUUGGAACUCUUGGAUGGACCAGAGCCGGAGAAGAUAUUAAUCGGUCCUCGUGUGGGCAUUGAGUAUGCUUUACCUGAGCAUGUUAACGCCUUGUGGAGAUUUGCCAUUGCUGGUACUCCUUGGAUAAGUGCUCCUAAAAACACUCUCAGGCUUCCCUAGCUAGUCUUGAACUCCUGGCAGUAAGGAACUCUGUAGGGAUUGAGAACAUGAAUUUGUAUUGAUCUCUUUUGUUUUCCUUUGUCAUUGGAUUGGAAAAUUGUGAAACAUAUGUAUUUCUAUUAUUAUUGUAAAUAAAGCAAGCCUGUAAAGCAAACAGAAAAGUUUCAAUAUCCUUUUACUUUUCUGCAAA